GACUCCGUCUGUCAGACUCUCUCCAAGUAAAACUACUUAAAUGACUUCAAAAAUCAAUCGAGUAAAAGGGUCUAAAAUUCCAAUUCCUUCCUUUGACCACUAGAGCAUCCUCUUUCUUCUUACUCUUUCUAGGGUUUCCCUUUUAUACUUUUCUUCCAUUGGGUUCCCUUUACCUAUAUAGGGUUCUAUCUCUUCUCGUUUCUGUUUGCUCUUUCUUCGAUCAAAUUUCCUUUGAUUCAGUUGAGUUCUGUUAAUUAAUGGAGGGUUUCGCUUCUGCCGUCGAGAAUCUUGUCGUUUUGCCGCCAAUGCCUCAAGGCGCCGAUCAAGAUGGAUACGAAGAAGAUGCAUGUAGCAUUUGCCUGGAGCCUUUUUCUUCUGCUGAUCCUGCCACUGUUACCAAUUGCAGGCACGAGUAUCAUCUUCAGUGUAUUCUUGAAUGGUCACAAAGAAGCAAAGAAUGCCCAAUAUGCUGGCAAUUGCUUGUCUUGAAGGACCCUGCCAGUCAGGAGCUUCUUGCAGCAGUGGAAAUUGAAAGGACUUCAAGAUCUAGGCAGAGAUCAUCUAAUACUCGCCUUCCCAUUGAAGACUCUCAAUUCAGCCACGAUGUGCCCUACACAGAUGAUUCAGAUUUUGAAGAGCAUAUCAUGCGUCAUCUUGCUGCUGCUGGCCUUGGCAGGCCACAUUAUGGUAGGAGGGAGAGGCAAAGAACUUCUGGCAUGGGUCCAUCCCAAAUCUUUGUUUUUACCUCUCCUGCAAAUGGAUCUGAUGUUCAUGAGACAUACACAGCUGCACCAACAGAAACUCAAACUCAUAUUUUAUCUCCUAAUGCUUCUCCAGAAACUAUUUUACCUUCUGCCAUCAGUGAUCGGCCACCAUCAUCUCCGCUUUCUUCACCUGAAAAUAUGAGCUCUGGCGCUUCGGACCAUAGAUAUGGUCUUCUGAGAGCUGGUGUUCUUUACAGCCAGACUUCACCCAGCAUUACCCAAAGUUCUCAUUCAUCUGAGUUACUCUCCUUCUCAGAAUCGCUUAAAUCUAGAUUGUCUGCUGCCUCUGCCAAAUAUAAAGAAUCAAUCUCGAGAAGUACUAGAGGUUUCAGAGAGAAGCUAUUGGCACGAAAUAACUCAGUUAAGGAGCUGAGCAGGGAUGUUCAGCGUGAGGUGAGUGCUAGUGUUGCUCGCAUGAUGGAGCGUCUAGAUCCUAUAUCAAAACGCACUGGAGGUUCUGAACCUCCUUCCAGAUCUAAUGAAGGGACCUCAGGUUUUUCAUAUGAUGGGAAGAGUGUACAGGAGAACCUAAUUGUUCAAUCUCAAAAUAGAAAUGAUGUGGAGAUUGUUCAUGGUACAAAUUCCAAUGCACCUUUCCAUGCCUCAGGAAGUCUUUCUUCUGUCCCAGGUCAUUCGGAAGUUCGUCAAGCACAGGACAUACUGUGAUGCUGUGGAGCCUGGACAGGUGUGAGCUUCGUGUUAUUAGUAUAGUGGCAUACAAACCAGUAAAUCAACCCCCUAUAUCCAGAGAGUUGAUUGAUCCACUGUCCUGGAUAUUUAGGGUUGAUUUACAUUUACUCUAAUGGAGAGAAGAUAAAAUCGCAAUGCAUAUAUAGUUGUAAUAGUUGGUCUAGUUAUUUUCUGAUUUUACAGCUACUGUUGUUGUCUUCAUUAAGCAAUGUGAGGAGAUAUAUAUGCCUCUAGAACAUAACACCAGGUGGAAUCCUGCUCCCCCUUGCUAAUGUUAUUGGAUUUUCUGUUUUUAAAGAACUGGUAAAAUGCCUCGCUU